CAAUGACUUGCUUGGUUUGAAUUAGCAUUUUUUCGCCUUGAUGUUAUAUUGGCUGCCCUUUACAACUGUAACGCUCAGAAACCCUUGAGAAUAAGGUUCGAUCCAGUUUCCCUCUCUUUUUUGUAAAGCACAGAGGAGGAAAGCGAGAACAAAUCUCAAGCCAAGCCGGUCUUUUGUGUCAAAGAGGGAACAGAUGGAACAGGCCAAGAGAGGCCAAUGUGAAAGCUCUCCUUGGGCCCAGGGUGAUUCUUUGCAGGAGAAAGGUUUUAGAGUGGCACACUGUGUUGCCCAAGUUGUCUAAGCUCUGAGUUUGGCACGGAUGAGCACUUUCAAACUGUUCCAAAGGUCUUUCAAAUGGUUCAAGGACCAACCGGAUGAUUUGGAAACGUUCUCGUCCACAUAUUCUAUGCUGAAAGACCCGAUAGGAUCGCCAAAAUUCUCGUCGAGGACAAGGUUUUCCACCUGGUCGGCGCCAUGUUGCGUCGAAACAGGUUUGGGUUCCGGAUGAGGCGGCGGAGCUUCUCCAAUCGAUUGCUCCAAGUCCUGGUGGUUCUCUCUGUCUUGAUACUCUUCGUAUACUUUCUACUCUACGCUUUGAGACUGGGCAACGAUAGCCUUGGGCCUGACUAUUCAUGGUUGAAGACCCGAAAUAUGAGCCAUUUCAUCCUACCAGAUGAGGAUACCACCCUUCUGGAGCCACGUGUCAAUCACUGUUCCCCCACCGAGAAACUACGGUUGGUCAUGUUCAUUCAUUCAGUGCCAGGACAUUUUCAAGCUCGACGAGUCAUCCGCAAGACCUGGCUUAAGGAGAUGUUAGGCUAUCCAGGGGUCAAAGGCUUCUUUAUUCUAGGUCAGGCCGAAUCGGAAAAGGAACAGACGGAUGUAGUCAAGGAACAUGGGCUUCACGACGACAUCGUUCAACACAACUUCAUCGACACCUAUGUCAAUCUCACCUUGAAAACUACGUUCAUGUUGAAGUGGCUCACUUCAAACGACUGCCAUCAUUCAAAAUUUGUGAUGAAACUCGACGAGGACUCGUUCAUCAACCCUGCCAAGAUGUGGGAUAGUCUUGAACACGCCUUACUCCACACGGCCACUGCCAAAUCUUUGAUCAACUACCUCCCACCCACUGCAGCAACCACUACGAAAAGCAAACAAGACCUCUUCAUCGCCGAGAGUGUCGACUAUCUCUUGCUCGGACAUGUCUUCCAAACCGUUCCCAUCCGGGAUCCUACCAACCGAUGGUACUUACCCUCCCGUUUCUACCCUCUCAACAUAUUCCCAAAGUUCCUGAGUGGAACGGGAUACGUGUUUAGCAACAGUAUUAGCCAAAUGCUCUACCAGUGUGCCCUCAAGAGUCCUUUCAUCAACUUGGAGGACGUUUUCCUCACUGGAUUGUGUGCGACCACGCAAAUGGGCUUCAAAUUCACGCAUCACCCGGGCUUUUGGCCCUCUAAACCCUCCAUUGGGCCCAAUUAUGUAUGUUACUACAAAACAUAUCCUUUGGUUCACCCUCUCAUGCCAGAUGAAAUGGAGGAGAUGUGGGUGAAGAUCAAGGAUGAUCACAAUUGUGAGACGUUCUAUUUUGCGUUUGUUCAGUACGCUACAAGCUUUGUAGACUUGUUCAGAAAUUUGUUCAGACUGUGAUGCCAAUUCUCUGCUCUUCUCAUCAACAACGACAGCUCAAUAAUCAUUGGUUCUCUUCCAAUAAUUGAAUACUUGGCUGAUGAUAACUUAGGAAUAAAUUUGUACUCCCGAAAGAACAAAAUUGUACG